CAAUGGCGGCUGAACAUACGGAUCAAAAAUUUAAUGGAAGCGAAAAUAAUUCAAGUACAGCUCCAUAUUUGCGUGAAAUGAUCGAGUUAAAAGACAGGUAUUAUGACAAAUUAUUAGAAUCGUAUAAUUCUCAAACGGGUCCAGUAGUAAAACCGUGGACGAAGGAUAAAGUAUUUGAGGUUAUCGAGCAUAUCAAAGCCGCUAAGGUGGCCAUGGAAUCUGAUCAUCGACGGAAUCCUAUUCGAUACUGGCAUUUGAGGUACGAUGUUAUUAAAAUUGCAGAAAAAGACGUUCUUAUUAUGAAAAAAACCAGCCCAGAUUGCCCAGUUGUACAGGUGAUGCCAAUGGAGGAUUAUUAUGACGUUCUUUUAGAUAUUCAUACAGAAUUUGGACACUGCAAUAGCGCCAAAUUUCAGGAUAUUAUCAGAACUAAAAAUCUUAUUAUUACCAAAAAAGCAGUUGACGUAUUUGUGUCCCUAUGCCCCAUCUGCGAUUCGCAAUUAAGCGGAAAUUACAAUAUAAGUGGUUGCAUUGGUAUUAUUGAUAUGCAAUCAGUGCCAGAUGGCCAAUUUAAGUGGAUUAUCUAUUAUCAAGAUCAAGCUACCAAGUUUAUUCAUGUCAGACCGCUCUGUUCAAAAGAAGGGAGCGAAGUUGCUUUCGAAUUGCUUAAAAUAUUUCUGGAUUUCGGAAUGCCGUACAUUUUACAAAGCGAUAAUGAAUUGGACCCUACUAAAGUCGUUGAGGAAUUGAUAAAAUUGUGGCCUGAAUGUAAGAAAAUAAAUGGCGUUCCUUUGCCUCUGCAGACGCAACGCAGUGAAGAUUCCAUUAGUCAGGAAAUUGAGAAUUUGAUUUGGGCUUGGAUGCGGGAUAAUAUUACAUCGGAGUGGGUUACUGGUUGUUUUUUCGUACAGUACAAUAAAAAUACGCUAUUUGAUAGCAAAUUGAAAAGAACGCCAUUUCAGGCUACUUUUAGAUCAGAGCAAAAUUGUUCGGGUAUUUCUUUGAUUUCACAGGGAACUAACACGUCAAUUAUGGUAACUGAAAACACAGGAGGGUCUCGAACUAUAUCCACACAAGUUUCUCCUAAAGCUAAAAAACGGAAAAUUAAUCCAGCAUCACCAAUAUACGUAUCAAUGUCACCAGGAUACUCACCCACGACACCGCCACAUCAAAACCAGAAUAAUGCAGCAGAUCAAUCGUCCAAAACUAAAGAGUCACCAGUAUAUGCACCAUCGUCACCAGUAUAUUAUGCACCAACGUCACCACGAUACUCACCAACGAUACCACCACAUUUAGCAACGUCUCCAGUUUACGCUCCAACGUCACCUUCAUACCAAAACCAGAAUAAUGAAGCGCAAUCGUCCACAACUAAAGCGUCACCAACAUAUGUAGCAACGUCACCAGUAUACGCUCCAACGUCACCAACAUACGGGACAACGUCUCCAGUUUACGCUACAACGUCACCUUCAUACCAAAACCAGAAUAAUGAAGCGCAAUCGUCCACAACUAAAGUGUCACCAACAUAUGUAGCAACGUCACCAGUAUACGCUCCAACGUCACCAACAUACGGAACAACGUCUCCAGUUUACGCUCCAACGUCACCUCCAUACCAAAACCAGAAUAAUGAAGCGCAAUCGUCCACAACUAAAGCGUCACCCACAUAUGUAGCAACGUCACCAGUAUACGCUCCAACGUCACCAACAUACGGAACAACGUCUCCAGUUUACGCUCCAACGUCACAUCCAUACCAAAACCAGAAUAAUGAAGCGCAAUCGUCCACAACUAAAGCGUCACCAACAUACGGAGCAAAGUCUCCAGUAUACGUUCCAGCGUCACUAUUAUACACAUCUGUGUCAACUUCGUGUCAAAACCAGAAUCCUUACAGCACGAGAAUGUCUUCACCAGUCUACAUAGUACCUCCUUCACCACCAUAUCAACUAAAUAAACCAGACCCUGUACAACAGAGCACGCAAAAGUUGGAGACAGACAACGCCAAAAACGAAGAAAUUAAUCAACAAAUACUACAAUAUCUCAAAAAACAUCUUCCAAUCACCGCCAUAGACCAACUAUUUCGUAGUUAUGCAGAAACUUAUAAAUCGUUUCCACCUGUAAUACAAGCAGAACUAAUGAUGGAGAUUGCGAAGUUGUUUUCAGAGAAACAGAUGGAGGUUCUACGAAAUAACACCAAUGUGAACAAUAACGCUUGUACCUCAAUGGAUUUGGACUCAAAUAGAUAAACGAAUAAUCUAAAUGUAAUCUACAACUCGAUUGAGCUAACUGCGCACCUCGCUGGAAUGCAAAUCUCUCCCUCGCACUCAC